AUCGCGCACAGGUAGUCGCCGCGCGUGCGUUCAUAUGCUGCUUCAGAGCGCAGGCGCGGAGGAGGCGCUGCCCACACUGCCAGAGCGCUGCCAGUUCCUCGCGGAGUCUCCUGCGCCGCUGUUCUUGCGGCUGCCGAAGCUUCCUUCUCCUACUCCUCCUCCUGACAGACAGCCUGCCUGCCUGCUUGCCCGCCCGCCUUCCUACACAGCCCAGCGGACUGGAGCGCGCGAGCUCGGGAGAUGGUGCCUCCAGCCUCUCCCAUUUCAGCCCAGUUCCAGCAGCAUGCGAGCCCGGGGAGGACAUGACAGCGCGCGCCCCCGGCAAAGCAUCCCUCGAGCUGCCCGUCGCCGGCAGUCCCGUACCGGGAGUUUACCGCUCGCUCUUUCUGGUGCUCGUGUGUGCUCUGUGCUACAGCAACUCUCUUCGAGGGGAGUUCGUUCACGACGAUGUGUGGGCGAUUCUCAACAACCCCGACGUGAGACCCGGCUCCAGCCUGGCCAACAUCUUCCUCAACGACUUCUGGGGCAAGCGAAUGGCCGAUAAUAGCAGCCACAAGUCCUACCGGCCACUCUGCAUCCUCACCUUCAAGUUGAACAUUCUCGUUUGCGGCAUGACACCAAUGUCCUUCCAUGCAGUGAAUCUAUUAUUGCACUGUGCAGUGACUGUCUUAUUGAUGUACAUAUGUGAAAAGACAGUGUUUGAUGACAACAUUUUGGCUUUCCUCACAGCCCUGUUGUUUGCAGUCCACCCAAUCCAUACUGAAGCUGUAUCAGGAAUUGUUGGUAGAGCAGAUGUUCUGGCUUGUCUGUUAUUUCUCAUGACUUUUCUAUGCUACAUACGGAGUGUGGACCGCAGCUGUUUUGGGGAGAAUUUUCCUGCUACGACAUCCUCAUGUUCUCUACUUCUGAGCUUGUUCCUGGGAACUUGUGCAAUGCUGGUUAAAGAAACUGGUGUCACGGUCUUUGGAGUAUGUGUGACUUAUGACCUGUUGAUUCUAUGCCAGAAGCAACUCAAAUUUGCCUCUCUCUUUUUACACAGGUAUUUAUCAUCCUCCAAGGUUAAAAAUACCCUGAGAUUGUUUGGACCAUUUAUCAAAAGAGCUUUUGCAGUUAUUGGAUAUGUGAUUGUAAUCAUGUUUUUUCGCCUCUGGAUCAUGGGCGGAUCAAUGCCAUUGUUUUCUGAACAAGACAAUCCAGCUUCAUUCUCACCACACCUUCUAACAAGAUUCCUGACAUAUUCUUAUCUUCUGGCCUUUAACGCCUGGCUCCUGCUGGCACCUGUGGUACUGUGUUAUGACUGGCAGGUGGGGAGCAUUCCUCUUGUGGAGACAAUGUGGGACAGUCGAAUUUUGGCUAUCAUUCUUUUUGGAGUUGUGAUAAUUUCUUUGUGCAUCCAUAGCCUUUUAACACUGCAGAAAUUGGGGACCCGGGAAGUUUUAGUUGGAUUGUUGUUCCUGGUUUUUCCAUUUAUUCCUGCAAGCAACCUCUUCUUCAGAGUGGGGUUUGUCGUCGCAGAAAGAGUCCUCUAUAUGCCAAGCAUGGGAUACUGCAUUCUGGUUGUUCAUGGCCUAAACAAGUUGUGGUCUUUAGUGGGCAAGUGGGGAGCUGCUGCCCUAACAAUUUCAAUGCUACUGCUUCUGUUGCUGUUUUCUUGGAAGACUGUGUGGCAGAAUGAAAUCUGGCUUUCCAGGGAGUCUCUUUUCAGAUCUGGAAUUCAGACUCUACCACACAAUGCAAAGGUACACUAUAAUUAUGCCAACUUCCUCAAAGACCAAGGACGCUAUCCAGAAGCAGUCCACCACUAUGAAACUGCCCUCAAGCUCUACCCCCGGCACGCCAGUGCCCUAAAUAACCUAGGGACCCUAACCAAAGAUCCAGUGGAGGCAGAGCAAUACUACCGUCAAGCUCUUCACAUCAACCUGCAGCACAAUCGGGCCCUGUUCAACCUUGGCAAUCUGUUGAAAUCGAAGGGGAAGGAGGAAGAGGCUGAACAACUAUUAAGGAGCUCUAUACAGCAUGGCCCCCAUUUUGCAGAUGCAUAUUCUAGUCUAGCGUCACUCCUUGCUGAACAGGGACACUUUGAAGAAGCAAAUCUGGUAUAUCUGCAGGGAAUUAAAAGCUGUCCUGAAAACUCAGAUCUCCACAAUAAUUAUGGAGUGUUUCUGGUAGAUAUAGGAGAUGGGGAUCAAGCUGCAAAACAUUAUCAGCAAGCCAUUAGGCUUAAACCCAGCCAUUAUGUUGCCAUGGUGAACCUGGGAAGGCUUCUCCGGUCGUCUGAUCAGAAUAAAGACGCAGAAGCGUGGUAUAAGAGAGCUUUACAGAUCACACGGAAGGUAGAAAUACUGACACCAUUAGGCGCUUUGUAUUACAACACUGGCCAAUACAAGGAAGCUCUACAGGUGUAUCGGGAGGCUGUGGCCCUUCAGCCUGACAAUAGUGAAAUAGGCCUUGCUCUGGCCCAGGUUUUAGCAAUGUCUGGCAAAACAAAGGAAGCAGAAAAGAUGACCCAGGACAUCAUCUCGAAAAACAAGGAUUGUAUUGAAUGUUAUCGUCUCUUAUCUGCAGUUUACAACAAAAGAGAGAGCCACAGCGAGGCAUUGGAAGCCCUGGAAAAAGCUAUACUGGUGAACCACAAAGACACCAAAGUCAAGGCUGAGUUGUACUUUUCAAAAGGAAACCAGCUGAGGGAAAUGAACCUUCUUGACUUGGCUUUUGAGAGCUACAAACUGGCAGUGGAACUGAAUCCUGAUCAGUCUCAAGCCUGGAUGAAUAUGGGAGGGAUUCAACACAUCAAGGGCGACUAUGAUUCUGCUCGGACUUACUAUGAGAAGGCUUUACAGCUGACUCCAGGCAGCAAGCUACUUAAGGAAAACCUGGCCAAACUUGAUCGCAUACAAAGACGCAUUCAAAGAAACAAAGUUGAGAAACAUCCACUGGCUUGACCAAAUCAGUCCUCAACAAAGAAGGAAAAACGUGCAGGAAUGCAGACUGUAGGAAGUUCACACAUUCUGAAGAGAUGGUUAGAUCAACCAAAGUCUGUGAAUGAAAUGUUAACAAGGUGUAUCUUAAAAAAAAAACCUAUGGCUUCAGUUCAAGAUCACCAAUAAGGACAUGAAAUGUGUCAGACAAACAGUCCUGAUUAUAUCAGCAGAAAGAAAAUCAAUGGCAAGUGCUGAUAAGCUUAUUUGGAUAAAUUCAUUGCUGUCUCAUCCCGUGUGACUUCUGACUGGGGGUGCUGUCACCCCUCACUGAGGACAUGUCAUUAACGCAUGCCAGUUCACAGAGUAUAGCAUUACUGUCCUGACAGAAGGUAUACGUUGGUUCCAAUAAGAGUCUCCAAAAGGGGGUAAACUUGUUGAUCAUUUGUGGAUUUUGUAAAUUUCCAGCCCAAGUGUAUUUGGGAGUGUGAAAUGGCACUGUCGUUAUACUGUGAUUUCGAGUUUGUGUGGGACUUCACUUUAUUAGUACAGCACAUUUAUUUUUGGUUAUUUAUUGAUAUCAUUUUGCUUAGAAACUGUUUUUAAUUAUUCUCCUUGCAUUAGAGCUUUUAGAUACACUUAGACAAUUUGUUUAGAAAGCACGUUAUUAGCAGAUCUGUAUCCGAAUACAAAGGCACAAGCUAUCUGUCGAGUACCUUCUGCGGUGAGGCACGGCAAAUCCUCGCUUCCCUCACCUCUCUGUGCCUUGUUCCUUCCAAAGCUACCUGCAUUACGGAGCCUAAUGGCUUCAGCAUAACCACGGGAAGCAGGCCUCAAAAUGCACAGUGAACGUGCUGAUGACACCGUCAUGUUUCAGCGGAGAAGGGUUUGUUAUGUUUGUGUUGCAGCAUUCCAGCACUUCCUACUCCAUGAAGAGUUUAGAUUUUUUUUUGUCAAAAUUGAUUUGUAAAUAUUGUAUUUAUUUUUACACUGAUAAAUCUAUAUUUUUAUUUGAAAUCUUAUAUUAGCAUGCAGAGAUUAUGUAAAAUAAUCAUGCACUAAAUCAUGGUAUCUCUGUUUACCUAUUUAUGUUAAUUUAUAAAAUUAAAUUUGAUAUUGUUUUUAUAAAUUGUUUAUUAAUUAUACAGUAUGUAACAUAGUGGACAGCAGUAUGUCCAAAACUGCAAAGCAAAAUACUGAUAACUCCUAACCUCAGAAGCAGCGAUGCAGAACAAAGUUAAUUUUUGUGACGAGUUCUUAACCCCUUUUGCAUCCUUCUGGCACCCACAUUGCCAAGCUGCCCAAGUGCAUCUUGGGUUAUGUAGUGCAGAAUUGAAAUUGAAACAAUAACGAAGGAAAAGAAAUGGUAGCGGACUCCCUGUAUGGUCCAGUCCUCUGGCAGUUUCAUUUUGCUUUUGUCUGCAGGUUGAUAUGGAUGUGGAAAGCUCUGCAUGGUUUUGUUCUUGACAUAUUCAGCUAGAAAGGACGUUUAGUGCAGAUGGUGCCUAGGAAAGUGUUGCCCGACCACCUGUAAAGAGGGAAGGUUUAGAAGGGAAUAGGCAAAGGAAAUACUAGAGAUAGAAAAAAAACAAGUCAUAAAAGUAUGUAUAAGAAGUUCUUUUUUAUAAUAUUUUGGAGGGACAAUGUAUCCCCUUUUUACACAACUCCAUUUACUUUCCAUACACAGCCAUCCCUGAUAAAUGGAUUAGUGUGUUGAGAAUGCAGUUUGAUUUGUUAUCAUUUAUUGUGCAUUAAUUAUCUUUGCAUUGCCUUUAGUAGCGAUGUUUGGCUACAUCAUAUCACCCCAGUGGAAAGUGAUCACUACUGGUAUGGCGGCAUUUCAUCACAAGCACAAGACAGUGCCAGGCCCUUUUGUUAGACAGAUGCCGAGACAGAGUCCUUCACCACAGAUUUGAUAUUCCAUGGAGAAAGCUUUGCCUGUCCUCUUUUUGUAAGACCUCAUUAGAUGUGUACAUGAAACUGAUUGUUCGUGACAGCUGCUCUGUUCCAAGGCAGACAGCAAAGCCUGGCCUCUCUUGGUAAAAGACAACACUAAUAGAUAGAGAGACUCUAAAAUAUCCAUCUGAUUAAAAACAAAAUUCUGACAUUGCAUUGUAUUAUACAUGGAUUUUCUUACUGGAGUUUUAGGACAGGCAUUAAAAGGUGUGUUUUAGUGACUUAAACCUAUGUGACUUUUUACUUCCACUACAGUUGAUUGCGGCUAUCCAUAAAUAAAUAAAAGCUAGACAUUAGUGUCAAAAAAUGUAUCUUACAUGGCUUUAUUGUAUGAUCCACUGUCCUCUGAAUCAUGUCUAGGAUCAAACGCCAGAGCUCCAUGACCCUGUAUGGAAAUUUAAGGGUUCACACACUGAAUGACUGAGUAAAUAAUUCAACUCGAGCUGAAUAAGACCAGUCGUACUAUAGACCCUCAACCCAGAGCUGGAUUAAGAGGGCUUGAGAAGCAUUAUGUGAUGAGGAGUACGGUGGACACUGUAGAGCUAAUUAUACUGGAGUUUUUCAUAAGGUUUGUUUUCGCCCCACAAGGUGUCAGGCAUUGAGAGUGUUGCUGAACCAAUGGCACUGUAACAGGGAUAAGGCUAGAUCAGGUAAGCCAGUUUGUUUUUUUUCCAUUAAAUAAAAUGGAGUUAUGUAUUUCAAUGCAUCGUUGUUGAUCAUGAUGCCAAAGAGUAGACAGCUGGACAGAGAGUAGUGCUGCUGCCUCGCAGUAAAGAGAUCAUGGGUUCAUGUUGUGGGUCCUCCCUGUGCAGAGAGCACUUUGAGUAGUGAGAAAAGCGCUAUAUAAAUUUAAAUAAUUAUUUAUUAUUAAAUUCAGUCAUCCUGUCUUCCUCACCUUCCGAUUUGUUGGCAUAGAACACUAGGCUUUUGCCUUCCUCAGACUUCAGAUUCAACCAUCUGUUGUAAAUGCCCAUUUAAACGAUGAACUUAAUGUGGAAAUACCUUUGGAGGAAUUUCACCACUGGAGGAAAUCACCUCUCAUUGUUUCAUCAUGAGACAAAUGGACGCACUCUUUCAAUUACACUUUCCCCUGCACUUUGGCUAAAAAUUACAUUCUGAAGCAAGGAAAUCAAAGGAAAACCAAGGAAUCAGUGAAGCUGAAAAUAGCUUUGUUUCAGUAGCAUUUAAAAAUUAAACAAGUCCACCAGUGAGGCACCCAGGAAUACCACCUUUUACAGAACAAGUAAGGGAACUGUGGAGAUUCCAUGUGUCACGGACAUUCAGAAAUGAACUGUCACCCAACAUUCAGGGCCAGACUUUUAAAAGACUGAUACAGUGGGCAUCAAAAAGGCCAGAGGCGGAUGGCAUGUUCUAUCCAUUUAAAGUACAUCAGAUUUGAGCAAGCUUUAUUCUAUACAUAACCCUCACAGAGACCACCAUCCCAAAGAAUUGUAUUAUUGGGAUUACACAGAAAUUUAAAAACUGUCACCCUAGGUUCAGUGAUAGGGAAUGAAUUGGCCAUUUAUAUUCAGUGGUCAAAGCAAAUAGGCCACACUGGCGGGACUAAGCAUCACUGCAAAAAUAAUUAAAACCUGCAACAAACAUAUUGAAAAGGGCACUUUGAGGACAUUCCCUUCUUCAGGUGGCCUUGCAGCACCUGGCACAGCCCCGGAGGAACUCUUAACUGGUGCGGAGAAUAAAGAAGGGCGGCCAGGUCACUGCAAAGACAGGAUGAAGACACAUUACAAAUACAGAGGUACUGUAGCCAGUUGUGGGUUACACUGGUUUUCUUCAGUAAAAAUGUCAACUUUUGUUUGUAAAUGGGAAAUUAUAGUCAUAAAAUUAGAACAGCUGGCAGACUGGACAGAAAUAGGAAGCAUGUAUUCUGAUUAUCACUUUUUUGUGACGAUGCUCGGUUCAGUCAAGGCGACGGUUUACUUCCUUAAAGUGACCUCCUCUUUCUCUUUGUGUUCCCUUCAAUGGGAUCAUAAAAGUGGCUCUAACAUUGCUUACUGUAAUUCUAAAAAACAAACAGUGCAUUUCCAGGUCAUUUUGGUGAAAUAGCUCUUCAGCACCAAGGAUGGUGUAUUGUACCAAUGCUAAGUAAUCAGAUUUUUAGUGCUACCAAGAAGACGUGCUUACAAGUGAACCUGCAUUGCUUCCUUUAUUUUCCAAAGCUGUUUAUUUGAUUGAAAAAUGGCUGCUCUCCCAGAAACUGUUUGUGCAAAGCAGGAUCCAACACUAGAUGGGCUUUCAGACUGUUGCAGGGCCAACAAGAAGUACUCUCCAACCUUCACUUCUGGACACUCUUAUCUAACCAUAUCACGCCAUAUCCUUAAUUCAUAUCACAAAUGUGUUUAAGUCCGUUCAGAUCCUCCAAAUUUAUUAACAUUGAGACAAGAUAAAUAAUCAUUAAGCAUAUGCUACCCUGAGUUCACUCUGGUAUUUUUAUUAUUCCAAAUGAGUAAGCUCAGAUAUUUAAGAUUUUUUGCUCAAAAACACAAAAUCUGCAGUUGUUGUACUUUUGUACAGUUGUUGUACAAACUUUUACUUGAAAUAAUAAUUCAUUUUAUUUAUAAGGCACUUUACAUUAGUAGUAAAUCUCAAAGUGCUACAUAAAAUAUUUAACAAAGACAAAACAAAAUAAAAACAGAGAUAAAACAAUAAAUACGUAGUGGCAUAGUGGUACUAGAGAGGAAAUCACAUUUAAAAUUCAGGUUGCAAGUUAACUAGCAGAAAUGUCUGUCACAGUGUCUUCAAAGGAAAAUGAAUCAUUUCAGUGACAAAUGGUCUGAAAAGAAUGUCUUUAUAAAGAUGUCAUGCCAAAUUGUUCAGCUGACCCAUGUGGCCUGCACUAGAACAGUUGCCAUCAUGUAGCAGUCCAAAGGGAGGUUUCACUGUCUUCACACACAUGAACGUUCAAGGACAGACAACACAGACAUGAUUUGAUGGAGUAUCAAUCCAUAACAGUGAACACUCACCCAAAAUGGACCAAUUUACGGUUGCCUAUCGACGUAACAUGCUCUGUUUUGGAAUGUCGUAUGACAGAUCCAAAGGAGUUAGAGAAAGUGCAGUGAACACACGCAGAAUGGACAGUGGCCUCCGUUCACAGCCACCACUACUGGCCCCAGUGCCUCAGAUUUCUUCAGCACUUACUUCCUUCUUGCUGCCAUACCUAACCAACCUGUCUCAACCCCAGGCAGUCCAUGGUUUGUUAACUAAUUGUAGGCCUCUUCAGAAGGUCCACAGUUGUUGGUCUAUUCCAAGUGUACCAAUUUUAAAAGUCAUAAUUCCAGAAACAGCCACUACUGGGUAUUGAAGUUCAUAAUCUCUUAAUAGAUGUUCACAAAACACUGACCUCUGAUACAAUCAGCCGUGUACUGAAAGUGUUGUGGAGGUUGACCAGGGUGCCGCUGCAAAGGAUGCGACACCUGCUUGUGAUAGCCAGCAGUUUAGACAACAUCAUGUCUCUGGUACGUUGCUAAGCAAUCAAAAUCUGUUCUGCCAAUGCCAUGGGACCUGAGCUGCCUUAGGAAACUCAGUGGGCUCAGGUUGUAGGUUUUAUGAGAGACUGUCAGAAACUACAGGGCCUAUCAAUCCAGCUCCCUACCCUGGAUAUUUUAUCCCCACAUUUACCACGAGAUUCAUUUGGAACCACAGCCCUCAGUAUGACAGCCGGGCAGAACAUGAGACAAAAAAAGAGCCUGAAGCCUCAUGUGGGAUAAACAGAAUCAGCUGAACUACUAGGAAUUGGGCACAAGCAGAUGCAACUUAUUUUGUGUGUUUGAGUUGAGUGGAAGGACUUAGACACUUUUUAAUUCUCUAUUACUUUUUUUAAGAGACAAAAACACACAGUAACAAGCUUUCAAUUUUAAUGAUGGAGAACACAAAAAUUUCCAAGAGUGUGAAGAUUAUUUCAAAGCAGACAAUACGGUGGCAUGUAUAAAUGAAAACGAAAUCAUUGAUUUUCUGUUUUUUCUUUUAUUCUAGCAGGCCUAGCCUUGUCUAAUUGAGACAGUGAUCUGAAUUGUAGUCACCCACAAAGUCAAUGAUGGAGAGCUGUCAGUUUAAUGGCAACAUGCUGCAUGGCAAGGGUUACAACCGCAGUAAACGACUACCCAGGUACUCCUACAAGUAAUGGAGCUUCUCUCCCCUUGUCUCUAAAUGGUGCCUGCCAUGAGUAAUGCGUCUGAUUAUGCGGACUAUCUCUAGGCAGUGGCCUCUAAACAGUGUGGGCUUACUUACCCAUAUAUUAUUUUUAUCGAAAUGUGUCACUGUGUUUCUCUAGGUAAUGGAUGGUCAAAACCGUGCGUCACAUAUAAAAUAAUUCACUAUUGAUUAUUACACCCUACCAGCCAAAGAACAGAACAUGCAUCAGCAAAGUACAAUAUGGAGUCAAAGAAAAUGAUUGCAUAGUUUUCACACUUUUACUUUUUGUUAAAAAAUAAAUUUGCUAAUGUGACAAUGUAUAUUUUCCCUGUGUAUAAAUGUAAUUUUAUACUUCUGUAUAUGACCAAUGUUAGUGUUCAACUUGGCACUGACCAGCCUAUUGAGUGUGUCAUUAGCUGGUGAAGGGUUGUGAAAUUGGAGCAGACAUGUUCUUACUAUUAAAAUUUUCCUUGUUGAUAAU